AUGGAAGGCUUAAAAACAAGAAGGGGCCUGGAAUCGUCCGGGACACCAAUCGAAGGAGAUAUUAUCACGGUUACAUACCCAUCUGGACGAAACAACAAACAUGUAAGGUUUCAAAACUGGAAGGGUUACAAGCCUGGUGACAGGAUCUUCUAUUUCCCCGGAGACAAUGGUAAAAUAUACAAAAUCGAUUCUUGGGAACCAAUCGAUAGAGAGGCAAUACGCAACUAUACUUGCUGCCCGGUCAAUAACGGCUAUUGGUUGUACACAAGGUCGAAUCCAAAGGAAAAACAGAUUCUGAUAAUGGGGAAUAAAUCUAGUGUAAAAAAAUCAAAUUUUGACCCGAACAAACCUACCGUCUUCACAUCUCACGGAUGGCUAGGUGACGGUAACACCGAAAUGAAUCAACUUCUUACUGAAGUUUUCCUUAACGACGCUGAUGUUAACGUCAUAGUCCUUGAUUGGAGUGGACUGUCCAAGAUGGGAUAUGUGACAGCAAAGGAGUCAGUCCCGAAAGUGGGCCGAAUGUACGGGCAGUUCAUUUACUGGCUACAUAAAAACUUUCACAUGUCCUUGCAGAAGAUUCACCUAGUGGGUCAUAGUCUGGGCGGCCACUUAGUUGGCAGCGCGGGAAAAGAGCUUAAAGGGGCUGCACAGAGAAUAACAGCCCUCGACCCAGCCGGUCCUCUAUGGUGUUGUGAUAGGCGCCGUCUAUCCAAAAGACACGCACACUACGUCGAGGUCAUCCACACGAACGCCUACAUGGCCGGCUUCCCCAGACCCUGUGGCCAUUCCGACCACUACCCCAACGGAGGCGCGUUCAUGCCCGGCUGUCAUUCUUUGGACUUGAUUUGUCAUCAUUCUAGAUCUUACAAAUAUAUGGCGGCCAGUAUUGAGCAUAAUAAGUUUGUAGCUAAGAAAUGUUCAAACGUUUGGGAAGCAUUUCACAAUCGGUGCUCUGGCAUUAAAGGGUUGAUGGGCAACAGCUAUAUCGCAAAGAUACAAUUUGGAAUUUAUAGAAUAAACACACUUGCAGAUUAUCCUUACAUCGAUAUAAAACUUCAUUAUUAAAAUUGUAUUAGAGUAAAAAUAGCCUAUCAUUAUAAUUAUCCUCUACUGUGUACGCACAAUACGCCUCCAGAAGAAAAUGAGAGAAGAGAAUAGAAUAGACGUCGACAUGGAACAGUCGACGUCGAUAGAUAGUUUCUACCUAGACAAAUCGACCGAUUGGUGUGGUAACACCCUUAGUGGAUCUG